AUGGGGGAUCCGACACCAAGGGUGCAGGUCAGUGCCGAUGAAUGUUGUGCUCGCCUGAAAAAGGACAUGAAGUCAGGGCCAGGAAUGUUCCUGAAUCCGCCAGGGGUGUUGACGGCAGCUAUGCGCUGGGUCCCCGUCAAGGAAUCCAAACCUGUGCAGCCUCCUCCCCUGGGGCCUGCGGGCGCCAUAGGAAGAGCAAUCAGCCACCUGAUGCGUGGUAGCCGAGAUCCCUCCGCGGACAAGGAGGCAGAGGAUUGCAGCAGCCCCACUUGUGGCAACGAGGAAGGCAGGCUGGAGCCGGACACGGCAUCCACAUCGACGGCCACUGGAGAGGCCGGGUCCACAACACCCACAUUGACGAGUGAUUUCUGUGCAGCGGCAGAGACAUGUUCCAGCCCUGUGAGCGUGUCAGAUGUGACCUGCAGUCCUCCAGGGUCGCCAGGCCGUGCACUCCAGGAUGAGGAAUUUGCAGACUGGACAGUUUUGCACACGGACCCCUUGAGGGCAAGCUCAUUGCCUGAGUCACCACCAGCUUCGAAGACGUGGGCGACUAUCACGCAAGAGGCGCUUUCUGCGUUGGGCAAUGCUUAG